UAUUUUAUUGUAUUUUUAUCGUUUUUCGUUUUCAUCUUUUUACACAGCUUGUGGAUCUAUUUCUUUUAUGUUACUUUUGAUACUUUUAUUUGUGCUUUUGAUACUUUUUGUUCUUUCUACUGUACAUCGCGUCUGCGGCCGGUGGUGAACGGUGGAUGAGUUUUCCUGGGAUCGGCACGAUGUUGAACUAUUCCGUUGACCAGCUGAGGAAGUUCAACAACUGCACUACUCCAUCGUGUAUUUCAGUCAUCAAACAGCUUGGACUCCUUCGCCGGCCUCGUUAUAUUCACAGGGGCUCCCGGAGAAAGCUUGUUUAUCUUCGAAACGUAAAAUCGAAAGCUCGCGUCGCAGCCAUGCCAGCUCAGCCUGCUCCAAGAGAAGCAGAGGAGGAGAUGGAGACAGAGGCUGACUCCGAGGUACCUCAGACUAAUGGAGAAACAGAGGAAGAAAGGGAAAGGGAGGGAGGAGAGGCAGAGGAGACAAUGGAGGAAAGUGGAGAGGAGCGAGACAGUGACCUGGAGGAGAGUGAAGCAGAGGAAGAGGAGGAGGAAGAGGAAGAGAGUUCAGAGAUCGAUGAUGAAGAUUGUGAGAGGAGGAGAAUGGAGUGUCUGGAUGAGAUGUCUGAUCUGGAAAAACAGUUUCUGGAACUUAAAGAAAAAUUAUUUCGUGAGAGGCUGGACCAGGUGAAGCUGAAGCUGGAUGAGGUGCUAACAGGAAAAGCAGGAGAGUACAGAGAACCCCUGGCCGCAUUGCAGAAGAACAUGCAGUUACGCACUCAAGUAGCAGGUGUGUACAAAGAGCUGUGCCUUCAAGUGAUCAAACACAAGCAUGAGUGUGAGAUACAGGGCGCAAAACAACAUCUGGAGAGUGAGAGGAACCUCUUGUUUGACACCAUGAAGGCGGAGCUGCUGGAGAAGAUCCGCAGACUAGAGGAGGACAGGCAGAAUGUGGACAUCACUUCGGAGUGGUGGAGUGAUGAAGGCAAGAUUAAGAAGUGUAAGAAGAAAAGUCAGCUCAGCCACCAGGAAAGAAAGAAGAAGCCAGCCCUUGUGUCAGGACCCUACAUAGUGUACAUGCUAAGCGACAUUGACAUACUGGAGGACUGGACAGCCAUUAAGAAGGCUAAAGCUGCGCUAAUGCCCUUGAAGAAGAAGUCUGACAGUCAUCAGUUGUCAGUGCGAUGUGAAGGAGGCACUCUGUUAUAUGAGGGAGAGAGAUUCACAAAGGGAAACACUGUUCUGUUGGAAGUCAGUGAUGAAAGCCCAGCACAGGCCGUAAUAACAGCCAUCAGUGCAGGGGAAGUAUGGUUUAAAAGACCAGAUGGCAGCAAAACCAAAAUCUUCAUCUCACAGCUCCAAAAGGGAAAAUCCACCAUAAGGAGAGCGUAGAGUUCACGACGAAACACUGAAACACGGACACGCAAGAUGCUAGUCUACAGCGCGACCUGUCAUGGCCCUGCUGGUGUGUAUUUACAUUAUUAACAGCUUUAUCAUCAAAACAUCCAGCCAGCCAGCCUUUGUCUGAAUUACACACAAAGCUAACCUAGAAAUACAAUGUGAGACUGAAAUGAGCUCUUCACUCUGUAUUGCCUUUUAAAAAAGGACCAGACGGCAGAAUGGCAGCUUCUGUUCUUCAGGAUACUCGGCAUAUGGCAAAGCAACACAAACCGCUGAAUCACUGUGGCCUAAUUUAACACACACACACACACACACACACACACACACACACACACACACACACACACACACACACACACACAUGCACACACACACAUAAGCCUCUUUCACAUCUAAAACCUGUCCUUGUAUCAGGUUUCCCUAACGGUAAUGACCCAGCUUUGUGUCAUUUACACAUCCAGACCUCACACAAUAGCAAACGACCCUGUAGAUAUGAUGCAACAUUAAACAAACCGCACAUAUGAUGAAUUAGCUGUAAUUUUAAUUUACUACACUAAGUUCAGUCAGCUGUGUCUUUCUCCUUAAUGCCUCAUUAUCAGGUUAUAAAAGUGAUUCACUGCUGAUUCAUGCCAAUAACUCUGCAUUACAGACUCACUACUGGUCUACCUGCAGCAAUUAUUCAGCAGCAUUCUAAUUUGCAGAAUUAGUUUUAUGGAUAACUGUCGCAUAACAUCCUGAUUUUAUAUUUAUGAACUAAAAGGAUUACUGGAACGCAGUUAUUUACGGUACUACAAAGCUUGUAAUACAUAAUUAUCAAGCCUAACUUGACACAGCAUUUAAUUUAUACAGAUCUGGAGAAGAUGCAUGUCUAAAUAGAUAUGUCCAUUGAGCAGUAUACUAAUACUAUAUUUUCUCCUGUUGUCUUUUCACUCUGUUUCACUUGCGAUUCUUCCCUGUAUUUGAAUAACAUGUUCACACGAGACAAGCCGGUCUGGUAUUUACCUGGCAAUUGUACUAGGUCUUGAUUCGGCAGAUUGCUCAUUAAUAUCAGGCUAAAUUUGCACCUGUGAAAGGGGCUACACACAUGCACACACUCGCUUGCGCACACGCUUGACUCGAAACUGUAGACCGAAUUAGGUUUUGUGAUCUUAUAAAUGCUCACAGACCAACACACACAGCUUUAACCAUUUUACAAUUUCAUUUCAUUUCCUGAUUUUUUGAAGUACACUAAAGAUAGUCUUGUUGCAGCCUUACUGACCAUGUUUUACCCAUCACACAAUGCUUUAUUAUCAAGAAAUGCACUCCCUGACCCAGUCUGCCAAGUUUUGUAGCCACUUCAAGGAAGAGCAAAUGUUUUGUCAUAUACAUAUUGACCCUUACCCCAAAAUAAUCUAUUAUCAAGACGAUUUUGGUGUCUGAGGUUUGCUUCCUUAGUUUUAAACCCGAGCUCAAUGCUAACAAGUACUAGAAACUACUGCUGACCAACAAUUAGUAGGAAUCAAUUUUUUGUGUCCACUUUAAAUUUCCUUAAAAAUAACUUAAACACAUGACAUAUAUUACAUUAUCAUGUAAUACCUCUUUUAUGUGAACAUAUUUUUGUAUUCUAGUUCAGUUCUAGGACAGUUGUAGCCUAGUGGUUAAGGCACUGGACUAGUAAUCAAAAGGUCGCUGGUUUAAGCCCCACUGCUGUCAGGUUGCUGCUGCUGGGACCUUGAGCAAGACCCUUAAUCAUCAAUUGCUUAGACUGUAUACUGUAACUGUAAUGUAAGUCGCUUUGGAUAAAAACAUUUGCUAAAAUGCUAAAAAUGUAAAUAUAGUCCAAAAUGUCAGGUUUUUUAACUCUCCGACAGCUAAUCACCUUUUAAAAUGCUGUAUAUUUUAAAAAAUAGAGCAUAUAAUUCUAUAAUAAAGGUCAUUGACCUUUGUAGUGAAGUGGCCCUUUUACAUAUAUUGAAUAUGUGAUCAUCUUUGGGUCAUUGUUCAGUGUAGUUCACCUAAAUAAAAUAGUAGGAUUGCCUGCUUGAUAUCAUGCAGUAUAACCAUAAAAAAAUCUAUUUUCCAUGUUUUAAAGAAAAGUGAGCAACAAUUAUACGAAGUGCAGUGGCGUUUUUACCUAUAUUAAAAAAGUGACCUCAGGUCAUUUUAUGUAAUAUUAUAAAGUAAAUCUUUAUAUUGUCAUAUGCAAUACAAACACUUGAGCAUAGUUGAAACUUGUAUUUAGAAAUGACAUACAAGUAUAACAUAGAAUUGAACAUUCUAGUAAAAAAAAAGUUUUUCAGUCAAUUUAGUCUCUCCAAUUCACCUCACUUGCAUGUCUUUGGACUGUGGGAGGAAACCGGAGUAUCCAAAGAAAACCCACGCAGACACGGGGAGAACAUGCGAACUCCACACAGAAAGGACCCGGACCGCCCCACCUGGGGAUCGAACUCAGGACCUUCUUGCUGUGAGGCGACAGUGCUACCCACUUAGCCACUGUGCCGCCCAAAUAUUGAAUAAUACAAUUUAACAAUUUAAGAAAAUCGAAUUCCAUUUAAAACUGCACGGCUGAAUUGUCUCACUUGCCUCUUUAGUUUCCGACAGCAUAUAACCCUGGUACUUAGUCGUAUUCGUUAAGAGCCGAUUUGGCUGCAGGGUUUUUUUUUUUUUAACCAAGCAAUUGGAUGUUUGGAUUUUGAGAUGUAUCUAAUUAGUAAUUAAAGACCAACUGAUAAAACAAAUGGGGUCAAGUAUAGCUCAUGCUUGGUUAUUAUUAAAACCUGCAGCCACACGGCCUCCCUUAUGGAUAAGAAGUGUAUGACAUACAGAACUAAAUUUUAUGGCUUUAAUACAUAAAAUGUAUCUUCUUAUUUCGGAAGACUUCCUAUAAGCUUUUGCAUUGAUGUUGAAUAGAAAGACCUGUCUCUCAAAUGUCAGUCCAGUUUAGCCCAAAGUUGUCCAAUGGUUUUAAGGUUAGGACUCUAAGGACCCUAAGGUUCCUACACAGUAAAUCUAUCAAGCCAUGUUGUUUAUAAUGUUUGGUUUGCAGAGGGGCACAGUCCUAUUGUAACAAAAAAGGGCCUUCAUCAAACUGGUGCUACAAAGUUGGAAGCCAUCAGUUUAUUUUAUAUAAUUGAUUUUAUACACCUGUUAGCUGUGGGUGUGGCUGACAGACAAGACCUGAAUAUUUAGGAGGGAUGUCCACAUACUUUUGGUCAUAUCGUGUAAAUUCCACAGCUAAAAUGAUCUGUAGCAGUUUCUUGUAGCCAGAAUUAUGAAGGGUGAUAUAAUUUUAAUCAAGCAUUAGAAACAGACAGACCCAAAGUUUGAUGUUAGACAUGUAUGGUAAAUGUGAUACCACAUAUAUAAGCAAAUUUGUUCAUCAUGACAUUUUUACACAUUUUAUUUAACAGCUAUUGUAGCAAAUGAUGUGUUCUAAGGUAAUUGGUCAAGUAGUUUGAACAAUGCUAAACUGGUGGUAAUACAAGUCCCGCACCAUUAACCUCAUAGCUCUGGUAUACCAUUAAAGAAGCAAACUUUACACAGCAAACACGUCUUUGCUGAGCCAGUACUUUCAGGCCACUAAAAGGAACUCUUAUAGGGUUUAUUAGGUUUAGGAAGAGGAAGUCAUCUUAAAAGACUUCGAUCAAUGGAGCAAAACAACACAUCCCACUUUAAUAAUGAUUGCACUUCCGAAGAGAGGAUUUAACAUGUAAAAGUGUUUAAAAGUGAUGUUUUUGCUUAUUUUGAUAAGCCUUAAGUGCACGAAAUAUUUAUAUGUUUGUAAACUGAUUUGGAAACAGAGGGUGCUUGUACAACUUAUUUAAAAAUGUUUAAUAUAAUUGUGUAUUUAUAACAAGGAUAUUUGAUUAAA